AUGAAGUACAACAUUAGAUUUAUGAAAAAUUUCUUGCUUCAAGGAUUGCGUCUGAUGGUGUUCGUGAACUCUUCUGACUAUCUCCCCACUACCGAAGCUGCUGGAGUUCGUAUCACAAUUCACAGUCAACGGGAAUGUCCCUUUCCGGACACGUUCGGAUAUUCGGCUCCAACGGGAGCCAUUUCGUCUUUCGGUAUUUCACUUAGGAAAGUAACUCGAUUACCGAAUGGUGGCUGUUUUAAUUCCGAAAAUCCUCUACCACUCGGUUAUAUUUAUAGGGACUACUCGUAUGAACCUGAGGGUUGCUACCGUAACUGUUAUCAAAAACGGAUUAUCAGCCAGUGCAAAUGCGCCGAUCCUCGAUUUCCGAAGCCGUCGGAUAAUAUCGAUUACUGUGAUAUUCGAAACGAGGCUAUAAGGGACUGCUUAACGGCUGAGAGCAUCCGCAUGACCAAACGGAAAUCAUGCAGAUGUACUCAUGCUUGUCAACAAGACGUGUAUACUACCACAUACUCAGCGGCUAAAUGGCCAUCUGGAAGUACACGGCUGGAAUGUAGCGAGAAAGACUGCACUCAAUAUUACAAUGAGCAUGCUGCCAUGUUGGAGAUAUACUACGAACAAAUGAGUUACGAAGUUCUUCGCGAGUCCGAAUCCUAUUCCAUAGUCAACCUCGUGUCAGAUAUCGGCGGUCAGAUGGGAUUGUGGCUCGGUGCUUCUGUUCUGACGGCUAUCGAGAUCGUCAUCUUCCUUUUCAACAUCGUCACGAUUGCCAUCACCGGACGGCUUCGAUCCACGGAUUCCCCUACAAAAGAAAAACAGGCAGAUGAGCCGACGAAAACAGUGGAUGAUCCUAAAAGUCCUUCGAAAAAAGAAGGCUACGAUUCUCACUAA